AUGAACUGUCCAACCACCCCUGCAGAAUGGGCUCCCAUUGCUGACCAGUUUGAAUGUACAUGGAACGUCCCUCAUGCCUGUGGAGCCCUUGAUGGGAAGCAUGUCGCCUGCAGAAAGCCAUCGAACAGUGGAAGCAUUUAUCACAUCUAUAAAGGCGUCUUUUCCAUUGUUCUGAUCGGUCUGGUAGACGCAGAUUAUAAGUUCCUCUGGAUAGAUGUUGGAGGCCAUGGACACAUGUCAGAUGCACAGAUCUACAAUGAAUCUGAGCUGAAGGAGUGCUUAGAUGAUGGGUCCAUAGGUUUUCCUGUCCCAGCCCCACUUCCAAAUGACGACAGAAACACAAAAUAUUUCAUUCUCGGAGAUGAUGCCUUUGGGCUGCGGACAUAUCUGAUGAAGCCCUACUCACAGCGCCACUUGACCAAGGAGCAGAGGAUCUUCAACUACAGGAUAUCCAGAGGGCGUCGCAUAGUAGAGAAUGGCUUUGGCAUCCUGGCCCAGCGUUGGCAGUUAUCCUGGGCACCAUGCAGCAGGAACCUGACACCGUACGGCUCAUUGUGGAGGCAUGCGUCUGCCUCCAUAACUUGA